AGAGGAAAACAAUACAUAAUUUUUCUUUACUAGUUGUUUGAGUUCUAUAUAUUAUCCGGAGAAAGAAAAAAAAAAACCCUCUCAUUUUCCCAACAUGAACAACUCUGAGAACGCUAGUUACCAAGCAGGACAGGCUAAGGGCCAAGUUCAGGAGAAAGCUAGCGGGAUGAUGGAGAAGGCCAGCAAUGCUGCUCAAUCUGCUAAGGAAUCCAUCCAAGAGACUGGUGGUCAGAUGCAGGCUAAAGCACAAGGAGCAGCUGAGGCCACCAAGGAUGCCCUUGGAAUGAAGAAAUGAAGAUAGGCAUGCAUUUCAAGACAAUAAUAAAAAUUAAUAUUAGCAAUGGAAUAUAAUUGAUAGCCAAAGAGAAGACAUGAAAUGUAGUCAAAUUAUAUGAAGAGUUUUCAUGUGGUUUGAGUGACCGAUCUAUCAAUAAAUUUUUAAAUUCUACUUUCAAAGUAUAUAUAUUUCUUUUUCAUGAUCUAUGUAUGAAAUGU